AUGGACUUCAAUAUAGACAUCAUUAAGGAAGAUCUGGAGCUUCAGGGCAAUGUCGAAGGUGGGCUUUUGGGGCAAGGAAUGUAUCCGAGAAGUGAGGAAAAGGACAUUGAUAAAGAAGAAGCACAAGAAGGUCAAGAUGAUGAUGAUGGAUAUUCAGAUCAAGGACCACAUACAUGUAGGUCAAAAAAGGAUUAUGAUAAAGAUCCAGAACUCGGUAACAUUCUGGGGAGUUUACUAGAGAAUCCUCAAGAGGCACAAUCCCUGUUGGAAGAUAGAUUAAAAAAGAAGAGGAGCAAAAUACUGCACACAAAGACUGGAUCUGGAAAACCAAUGAAAGUUUCAUUUAACAAAUUUGAUUUUUCAAACUCAUUCAUAUGGUUUGAAUUCUACAAUGUUCCAUUGGCAAAAGACAUCACCUUAAUUUGUGAUACAAUUCGAGCAUGGUACAUUAUCGGCCGCCUUGGUGGAUGCAAUGCUAUGAAUAUGCAACUUUCACAGUCUCCAUUGGAAGCACGACCGAGUUAUGACUAUAUUCAGGGAGCAAAUGUUGAACCAACUACAUUUUACAACAUUGGGAAUCUUGAGGUGCAAGACAACUUGGCUCGAAUAUGGGUGGAUAUUGGAACUGUUGACCCAUUGCUUCUGGAUGUUUUGAUAAAUGCAUUGACACAGAUAAGCUCCGAUUUUGUAGGGAUCAAGCAAGUAACGUUUGGUGGAUCAGAAUUUGAGAGUUGGAAUGAGAAUUUGAAAUCAGAGGAGGCAGGUUAUGGUUUUUUAGGAGAAGCCAGGGUUUUGGAAUGGGCUAUGGGAAUACCCUUAAUCAUUGCCCAUUAUGCAUCUGCUUCCGGAAGAAACUAUCGAAUCCCAUGCGGGAAGAAGCUCGUCCUCAACAUCUCCGUUGGUGAGAGUGGCGAUAGUCUCACCAGAGCCGCAAAGCAUUGGGGUUGGGGUUUCAUCAUUCAAAGUAAAGCUCGCGAGCUCUCCCCUUGUUUAGUGCUUGUAGCUCUCUGCAAGCUUGGCAAUCAUUUGGCUGUCAUGGACGUAGCACAUUGCUAUUUACAGGGGAAUGCUGACGCUGUGGAGUUUUGUCCGUAUGAUUGCUACCAUAAUGUUUUAGCGGUAUCCACUUACACAUUACAAGAAGGUUGUCAGCCCAGUCGACAUGGAAGCAUUUCUCUCUUCAAUGUUGAUGUGGAGACAGGCCACCUUGACUUGGUUUUUAAUGAGGAAACUGCUGGGAUUUUUGACAUAAAGUGGAAUCCACCUGGAGGCCAUGUAAAUCCUUUUCUAGCUCAAGCAGAUGCUAAUGGAUACUUGAGAAUUAAAACGUUGGAGGGUUGCUGUAAUGGAGUGGAAGGGGUAAAUCUAAAGGAGAUCACUAAUGAAAAAAUCAGUAACUCAAUGUGCCUGUACCUGGAUUGGAAUCCUUCAGCCACAUCCAUCACAGUAGGACUUUCUGAUGGCUCUGUGUCUAUUAUUUCUGUUCUUGAAUCCAAGCUGGAAAUACAAGCAGAGUGGAAGGCACAUGAUUUUGAACUUUGGACUACCUCCUUUGAUACGCACCAACCAAAUUUGGUAUACACUGGCUCUGAUGAUUGUAAGUUCAGUUGUUGGGAUUUGCGAGAUAGACCUCCCAAUGUGGUAUUUCAGAGCUCGAAAGUCCACAAAAUGGGUGUUACUUGCAUCGAGAAGAGUCCACAUGACCCAAAUAUCUUGUUGACUGGCAGUUAUGACGAAUUUCUUAGGGUAUGGGAUUUAAGAUCAAUCUCAAAACCCCUUAAUGAGACCUCAAUUAGCUUAGGGGGAGGAGUUUGGAGGGUUAAGCACCACCCCUUCAUUCCAGGCUUGGUCUUGGCUGCAUGUAUGCACAAUGGUUUCGCUAUUGUUGCCAUUAAAGGUGACAAUGCUGAAGUAUUGGAAACUUACAACAAGCAUGAUUCUCUUGCUUAUGGAGCAGACUGGCAGAAAGGAGAAGCAAAUUACUCAGGUGGGAAAACCAAACCUGUAGUGGCUACUUGCUCUUUCUAUGACAAACUUGUUCGGGUGUGGAGGCCAGGAAAUGAUAUUAUCUUGUAG